ACAUACAUUCUAAAGACAGUACAACACAGACCAUACCAGUGGCCAAGAUGGGCACAAAAUUGUUGAUAAUAAUAGCAGUUAUCUGCAUUUACUUAAAGCUUGAACAAGUGUCUUCAUGUCCUCUUAAAUGUAAACACGACAACGAUUUUUGCAACUAUGACACCGAAUGCUGCGGUUCUAAUUUAGCCUGUAAAUUGGAGGCUUCAACCAAAGUCAAGAAAUGCAAAAGCAAAUUUAUAUGGACUAAACGGUAUGCAGAUCCUGCACUUAACGAUGCUGAAAACUGA